AUGGAUUUUGUUCAGCAUGUUUGGUCUGUACCUGCUGUUGGUACGGGUCUAGUCAGUCUUGCUAGUAAACUUAAGAAGAUUAAGGUGGCCCUUUGUGAAUGGAACAAGCAAGUGUUUGGGAGGACCAAUGUUCAGAUUGCUACUCUUGAAAAGAAACUUGAGCAACUAAACUGUAGUCUACAAAGGGAUUGGAAUGAAGAUGAUGAAAGAGAGCUUGUAUCUUCCUCUAUUGAGUUGUCCCUUGGAGGCGUAGAGAAGAUAUUAGGUUGGCUCAAAUGGCUAAGCUUAAGUGGAAAAUGGAAGGAGACCGUAAUACUAAAUUUUUCCAUUGUCUGUUUAGCUAACAAAAGGAAUAAAAGAAUUCAAGAGAUGAGAACUUUGGAUGGGGUUGAGUUUUCUUCUCCGGAAGACAAUCAUCUAGGUGUCGUGAAUUAUUUUUCUGGUUUUCUUCAAAAUACCAACAAGUCAAGAGAGCUUCCGGACUUAUCUUACUUAAUCUCGCCGGUUAUUGAUGAAGCGGAUUGUGCCCGUAUCUGUCGAACUCCUUCUCUGGAUGAAGUUCACGAGGCCUUUUCUUCUAUUCCUAUAAACAGUUCACUGGGGCCGGAUGGUUUUGGUGUGGGUUUCUUUAAAAGCAGCUUGGAGGUGGUGAAGAUGGAUGUCUUGGAGGCUAUCUCAGAUUUUUUUAUCUCUAAAACUCUUCUGAGGUUUUAUUCAACUUCGUUUACUGUGCUCUUUUCGAAGAUGGAUGUGCCUUAG